AUGUUCGGGUCGGUGCCGCUGAAGCGGAGUCUCUCCCGGUCCUUCAUCCGGAUCAUCCAGCGGACGCUCCCGCUCGUCAAGAGCAGGGGCCGGUCAUGGACCACCAACGCCAAGACGCGAAUGCCGAUCGACAUUCGUCGGGUGGGAUCCGAAACCGGCGAAGGGAUCUCCAUCACUUUCGUGCCCGUGGUCUGGAUGGCUGUCAGCACUUGCAGGCCUGAGCACUUGUCUCGUGUUCUUUCGUUCGACCGCGACUUGGUCAUCCGCCACAGCAGGGGCAUCUGA